UGGAGGGAAACCCCGUGGACUCGACAUUCAGACGGGUUGUGAGAGAAGCAGCUGUGUAACGUAGCUAGCGAGCCACACCGACAACACCACUAGCCCUUUGCACUCAGUCCUGAGUAGCCAUGGUUGACAAGAGCGAGGUGGUUCAGAAGGAGCUGGUCCAGAAGGCCAAGCUGGCGGAGCAGGCCGAGCGCUACGACGACAUGGCGGCCUCCAUGAAGGCUGUGACGGAGGAAGGCACCCAGUUGUCCAACGAGGAGCGGAACCUCCUCUCUGUGGCCUAUAAGAACGUGGUGGGCGCUCGGCGUUCCUCCUGGAGGGUGGUGUCCAGCAUCGAGCAGAAGACUGAGGGCAGCGAGAAGAAGCAGGCCAUGGCCAAGGAGUACAGGGAGAAGAUAGAGAAGGAACUGAAGGAGAUCUGUAACGAUGUGCUGGGUCUUCUGAACCAGUUCCUCAUCCCCAAUGCUACUCCGGCCGAGAGCAAAGUGUUCUAUUUGAAAAUGAAAGGAGAUUACUACCGCUACUUAGCCGAGGUCGCGGUUGGAGAGGAGAAAGCCGCCAUCAUCGGUAACUCCCAGGAGGCCUAUAAGGAUGCGUUUGAGAUCAGCAAGAAGGACAUGCAACCCACCCACCCGAUUCGUCUGGGCCUGGCUCUCAACUUCUCUGUCUUCUACUACGAGAUCCUCAACUCCCCCGAGCAGGCCUGCAAACUGGCCAAGACGGCUUUCGACGACGCUAUUGCAGAGCUGGAUUCUCUGAGUGAAGACUCCUACAAAGACAGCACCUUGAUCAUGCAGCUACUGAGAGACAACUUGACACUGUGGACCUCAGACAACCAGGGAGAUGGAGAGGAUGCUGAGGAGGGUAGAGACUGACCUGGUUCCUGUUCCCUGGUCUGUCUGUCUGUCUGACUGACUGUCCUCAUCCUCUAUCUAUCAACACUGAGACAGACAGACUGACCACCUCAUCCUGCCCAACGCUUCUCUUUAGUUCUGUCUGUCACGUCGUCUCACACCUCCAUACGUUUACUCUUCUUUCGGGAAUCAUUGUGGGGGGGGGUUGCUUUCCAGGACUUGGCUGUGGGAGGGGUUUUGUUCCAGGACUUGGUUGUGGGGGGUUGCUUUCCAGGACUUGGUUGUGGGAGGGGUUUCAUUCCAGGACUUGGUUGUGGGAGGGGUUUCAUUCCAGGACUUGGUUGUGGGAGGGGUUUCGUUCCAGGACUUGGUUGUGGGAGGGGUUUCGUUCCAGGACUUGGUUGUGGGGGGAGUUGCUUUCCAGGACUUGGUUGUGGGAGGGGUUUCGGGACGUAUAUUAUGGUAUGUUGGGGUGAGGGACUUGUCUACUGAGCGUAUAAUUAUUUGUGGGCGGAGCAACAGGGUGUUACAUGUAGUUCUCAAUUCAUGCAAUGUGGCAAGUUCAGGUUGGGAAUUAACCUGGUCUAGUCCUCCACCUGUGUUCAGGUUGGGAAUUAACCUGGUCUAGUCCUCUACCUGUGUUCAGGUUGGGAAUUAACCUGGUCUAGUCCUCUACCUGUGUUCAGGUUGGGAAUUAACCUGGUCUAGUCCUCUACCUGUGUUCAGGUUGGGAAUUAACCUGGUCUAGUCCUCUACCUGUGUUCAGGUUGGGAAUUAACCUGGUCUAGUCCUCUACCUGUGUUCAGGUUGGGAAUUAACCUGGUCUAGUCCUCUACCUGUGUUCAGGUUGGGAAUUAACCUGGUCUAGUCCUCUACCUGUGUUCAGGUUGGGAAUUAACCUGGUCUAGUCCUCUACCUGUGUUCAGGUUGGGAAUUAACCUGGUCUAGUCCUCUACCUGUGUUCAGGUUGGGAAUUAACCUGGUCUAGUCCUCCACCUGUGUUCAGGUUGGGAAUUAACCUGGUCUAGUCCUCCACCUGUGUUCAGGUUGGGAAUUAACCUGGUCUAGUCCUCCACCUGUGUUCAGGUUGGGAAUUAACCUGGUCUAGUCCUCUACCUGUGUUCAGGUUGUGAACUAACCUGGUCUAGUCCUCUACCUGUGGUCAGGUUGUGAAUUAACCUGGUCUAGUCCUCCACCUGUGUUCAGGUUGGGAAUUAACCUGGUCUAGUCCUCUACCUGUGUUCAGGUUGUGAACUAACCUGGUCUAGUCCUCUACCUGUGUUCAGGUUGUGAACUAACCUGGUCUAGUCCUCUACCUGUGGUCAGGUUGUGAACUAACCUGGUCUAGUCCUCUACCUGUGGUCAGGUUGUGAAUUAACCUGGUCUAGUCCUCCACCUGUGUUCAGGUUGUGAAUUAACCUGGUCUAGUCCUCCACCUGUGUUCAGGUUGUGAAUUAACCUGGUCUAGUCCUCCACCUGUGUUCAGGUUGUGAAUUAACCUGGUCUAGUCCUCCACCUGUGUUCAGGUUGUGAAUUAACCUGGUCUAGUCCUCUACCUGUGUUCAGGUUGGGAAUUAACCUGGUCUAGUCCUCUACCUGUGUUCAGGUUGGGAACUAACCUGGUCUAGUCCUCUACCUGUGUUCAGGUUGUGAAUUAACCUGGUCUAGUCCUCUACCUGUGUUCAGGUUGUGAAUUAACCUGGUCUAGUCCUCUACCUGUGUUCAGGUUGUGAACUAACCUGGUCUAGUCCUCUACCUGUGUACGGGUUGGGAAUUAACCUGGUCUAGUCCUCUACCUGUGUUCAGGUUGUGAAUUAACCUGGUCUAGUCCUCUACCUGUGUUCGGGUUGGGAAUUAACCUGGUCUAGUCCUCUACCUGUGUUCAGGUUGUGAAUUAACCUGGUCUAGUCCUCUACCUGUCUACAUGGUAAAGAUCUUGUGCUUGACAACAUUGCUUGAUUCAUUUGUGGUUCGACAUCAGUCUCUCUUGAUUGGAGGAGGCAGCAGCGAGCGGUUUUAGUCUGUAGCCAGGCGACUGACGGCGUCUUAUCGAUGGUGGGUUGGCGUGGUCGUUGUACUGCUCCCCAAAUGGCACCCUAUUCCCUAUGAAGUACACUACUUUUAGACCAGAACCCUAUGGACCUUGGUCAAACAACCUGUACACUAUGUAGGGAGUAGGGUUCCAGUAGUGCACUAUGUAGGGAGUAGGGUUCCAGUAGUGCACUAUGUAGGGUUCCAGUAGUGCACUAUGUAGGGUUCCAGUAGUGCACUAUGUAGGGUUCCAGUAGUGCACUAUAUAGGGAGUAGGGUUCCAGUAGUGCACUAUGUAGGGAGUAGGGUUCCAGUAGUGCACUAUGUAGGGUUCCAGUAGUGCACUAUGUAGGGAGUAGGGUUCCAGUAGUGCACUAUGUAGGGAGUAGGGUUCCAGUAGUGCACUAUGUAGGGAGUAGGGUUCCAGUAGUGCACUAUGUAGGGAGUAGGGUUCCAGCUGAGAGGGAAACCUUGGAUAGUGAUGUUACAUUCCAUUAACCUAACCUAACUUAACUGUUCUGCUCCACUUUCUUCUUCUUCAGUUUCACUGACCUGCUAACGUCAUUUUGUAUUUCUGUGUCAAGUAGGAGGUUUGGGAAACGUCUAGAACAAAGAGGACUCCUAAUACUUAGACUGUUUUUAAACCAACAGAGCAAAGGAAGAAUUUCCCCUCGUUGCUGCUUCUAGUUGCUGCUUCUUCUUUCCAUCCCUAGUUUUUAUUUUCCUUUUUCCUUUUGAUACUUGUGGUUAAGAACUAGUUAAUGGGGAGAAAAGGGAGGUUGUUGUUGGGCUGGUUGUCUUUGUCCAUGUCUUUUUGGAAAUUUUCAUACGAAACACCCAUAACUGUUAUCUGGAGGGAAAUGUUAUUUCAUGUAUGUGGAAUUAAAAAGAUAAUUUAAAAGUU